CAGGCAGAUAAGCAGAGAGAGAGGAAGCUGCUGCUGCAGUUCUGUACAGUUUCGCGAGUUCGGAGUGCACAUUGCAUCUCGGUUUUUGUUGUACUCCCCCCCCCCAACUCGGUUGCUCCGUUGGGCUCGAUAGUGACUGCAUCGAGUGCAUUACUUUCCCGUGUGCUUCGUUGUUUUCGUUCGUUCAGUCCCCAUCCAGUGCAGUGUACGGAGUGGUUGCUGUGUGUGUGUGUGUGUGCGUGUUCACGGACGGUGCGCGACCUCUUACCACGGGCGGGUGUGAUUUAGCGAAUGUGGUUGCAUCGUGCCACAACACUGUGCAACAGAACAGUGGGUGGAACAGUGGGUCCAAGUUGCAUCACCGUGGCCGUUCGGUUCGGUGUGUCUGCUGUCUGUGUUAAGAUCGCCCGUUCCCGUACCUUUAGAAGCCAGCAGCGAUGGAGGAUUACAAAUUUCUGUUCAAAGUCGUCCUGGUGGGCAACGCGGGCGUCGGCAAAACGUGCCUGGUGCGAAGGUUCACCCAGGGGCUCUUUCCGCCCGGCCAGGGUGCCACGAUCGGGGUGGACUUUAUGAUCAAAACGGUCGAGGUGGACAAUCAGAAGAUUAAGCUACAGAUCUGGGACACGGCCGGCCAGGAGCGGUUUCGUUCGAUCACGCAAAGCUACUAUCGAUCCGCGUCCGCCCUCAUACUAGUGUACGACAUUAGCUGCCAGCCCACGUUCGACUGUCUGCCCGACUGGUUGCGCGAAAUACAGGAGCACGCAAAUUCGAAAGUGUUAAAAAUUCUCGUCGGCAACAAGACGGACCGGGACGAUCGGGAGAUACCGCAGGAGGUCGGGGCCGAGUUCGCGAAACAGCACGGCAUGUACUUCCUCGAAACGUCCGCCAAGCAGGCGGACAAUGUGGAGCGGCUGUUUUACGAUAUUGCGGCAGUACUGAUUGAGCAAGCCCGCACGAAAGAGUUUACGCUGCGCAGUGAAACGAGCGUCCUGACGAAUCUCUCCCAAAAGACGAUCUACCAUCCGAGCUGCUGCAGCAUCGGCGAUCGGAACCACGCGCGCAGCAGUAGCACCAGCGACGCACACUACUCGGACAGCUCCGGGCCGGGCAGCAUCGGCAGCAAUAGUGGUAAUUUUAUCACCCAGCAGUAAGCGCUUGCAGCGAACGAAAAACAACAGCAAAGCAGCAAAAACAAGUAAAGAUACCUUGAGAAGCCCAGGACAGGGGGGGGGGAACGAUUCUGCUCCCCAUUUUGCUGCCCGGUGUGCAAUAUCCGUCGGGAAGCUGUAUGUGUGUGUGUGUGGGAAGGUUCGAAUCAGCACAGCUCCCGCAUUGGGAAAUAUUACAAGGGAGUUUCAAGGAGUUCUCAAAAUUUUCGGACAUGUUGCUGACUCUUUAUUGCGGGACGUUUAACCCCAAUCCAAUAGGAAUUUCCAAUAUUGCUGUUCUAAAAGCCUUUUAGAACAGACAACAUGGAAAUUCCUAUUGGAUUCACUAACGUCACAGUUCACUUCCUAUAAGAAAGUGUCAAAGAAGUGUUCCAAAAUUUUGAGAACCCCUUGAAAAACUCUGUAAUCAUGCGCACAAACAGACAAACACAACCACUCACACACACACACACACACAAAAGACAUGAGAUUUUUCAAUGGUACCAAAAAACAACUACCAAUAAAGGAAACCGUUUCGCGUGUGCUUCUAAGCUCAGCUAAGUGAAGCGACACCGAAAACACAACACUGUGGCUGGGAUCUAAGGGGGUUUGCGCAAUGAAGGGAGCCGGCGGGUCGUUGAUAUAAGAUGUAAGGUUUUAGACUAUGUUCCUGUGUUAAUUUUAGCGAUAAAAUAAAUGAAUUUACAGAAAAAAAGA